GACUCGGACGAGGAGGAGAACGAUUCUGAGAUUAUUGUUUCAUUUGAUAUGAGCAAUGAGGUCUUCCAGAAGAUAUCAAUGCCGGACGAUUUCCACUCUCCUGAUUUUUACAUUAGUGGUCUGCACAUUCUGAAAGGAUCCCUUUCCCUUGUGCAGUGUCCCUGGUCAGCUUUUCAAGAGAAAUUGUUGAAGGUAUGGGUGAGGAAUGAAUCUGGUGUUAAUGGAGUUUGGACUCAAUUAACAACGGUAAGGUUGUUUCCAAUUGCUAGAACACCAUUGCUGUUUUGGAAGGAUGAUGAUAUUCUUGUGGAGUAUAAUAAUGGGAAGGAUCUGGCGUCAUACAACGUUGGUACACAACACAUUGAUGAUAUUCCCAUUUUUGCAGAGGUUAUAAAUGUAGGUGUGUCUUGUUACAUUUGCUCUGCAGAAACUUAUGUAUGCAGUCUUGUCUCAGUUUGGGGAAAUUAGUUAGCUUUGUGAAGGAAGCUUUAUUUUGAUAAAAGAGGACACAAAUGUGUACAUUCAUUGCAAAAUGUAUUGUAUCUUUUAUGUUGGUGUUAUCUUGUUUUAUAAUUUGAUUUGAUGAUUUAAUACCUUUAGUUAUGUUUUAUAAACAUAUAUUUCAAUCGAGGGUGUGGAGGGAUAUUAUUUUGAUUGGUACUUUGGUACGGAGGGAGCAGGGGUAAGAAAUGUUUAAAGUUCAA